AUGUGGGGCCCUCCGGGUGCCGAGGCGUGCGUGGCGGCGCUCGGAGGCGUGCUCUUUUUGCUGUUCUUCGCGUUUGGGAUCCGCCAGCUGCUGAAGCAGAGGCGGCCCACUGGCUUCCCUCCCGGGCCGUCGGGGCUGCCAUUUAUCGGCAACAUCUACUCGCUGGCCGCCUCAGGCGAGCUGCCCCACGUCUACAUGAGAAAGCAGAGCCAGGUGUACGGCGAGAUCUUCAGUUUAGAUCUUGGAGGAAUAUCAACUGUGGUUUUAAAUGGCUAUGAUGUAGUAAAAGAAUGCCUUGUUCAUCAAAGUGAGAUUUUUGCAGACAGACCAUGCCUUCCUUUAUUCAUGAAGAUGACAAAAAUGGGAGGCUUACUUAAUUCCAGAUAUGGUCGAGGAUGGAUUGAUCACAGAAGAUUAGCUGUAAAUAGCUUUCGCUAUUUUGGAUAUGGUCAAAAGUCUUUUGAAUCUAAAAUCUUAGAAGAAACCAAAUUUUUUAUUGAUGUUAUUGAAACAUACAAAGGUAGACCUUUUGACUUGAAACAAUUAAUAACAAAUGCUGUUUCAAACAUAACCAAUCUGAUCAUUUUUGGAGAACGAUUCACUUAUGAAGACACUGAUUUUCAGCACAUGAUUGAGUUAUUCAGUGAAAAUGUGGAACUGGCUGCCAGUGCCUCCGUCUUCCUGUAUAAUGCCUUUCCAUGGAUUGGCAUCUUACCUUUUGGAAAACAUCAACAGCUAUUUAGAAAUGCAGCUGUGGUCUAUGAUUUUCUCUCCAGGCUUAUUGAAAAAGCUUCCAUCAACAGAAAGCCUCAGUUACCUCAGCAUUUCGUUGAUGCUUAUUUGGAUGAGAUGGAUCAAGGUAAAAAUGACCCAUCAUCUACUUUCUCCAGAGAAAAUCUUAUUUUUUCCGUGGGUGAACUCAUCAUUGCUGGAACCGAAACUACAACCAAUGUACUACGGUGGGCAAUUCUUUUCAUGGCCCUUUAUCCUAACAUUCAAGGACAAGUUCAGAAAGAGAUCGAUUUAAUUAUGGGACCCACUGGGAAGCCUUCUUGGGAUGACAAAUGCAAAAUGCCUUAUACCGAGGCAGUUUUGCAUGAAGUUUUAAGAUUCUGUAAUAUAGUGCCAUUAGGGAUUUUCCACGCAACCUCUGAAGAUGCAGUCGUACGCGGUUAUUCCAUUCCUAAAGGCACGACAGUAAUUACCAAUCUUUAUUCUGUACACUUUGAUGAAAAGUACUGGAGAAACCCAGAAAUAUUCUAUCCUGAGCGUUUUCUGGACAGCAGUGGCUAUUUUGCCAAGAAAGAAGCUUUGGUUCCUUUUUCCUUGGGGAGAAGACACUGUCUUGGAGAACAGCUGGCUCGGAUGGAAAUGUUCCUGUUUUUUACAACAUUGCUUCAGAGGUUUCACCUGCAUUUUCCACAUGAACUGGUUCCAGAUCUGAAGCCCAGAUUAGGCAUGACAUUGCAACCCCAGCCCUACCUCAUCUGUGCAGAAAGGCGCUGAAAGUGCGUGGAUGUUUUCUGGGAAAAGGCUAUCUGGUUGCCUUUUACCUCUGAACCUUGUUUAUCUAAUCAGUGUGCGCGUUUGGACAAAAAUCACAGCAUCAUAAAGCCAAAUGAACACAGGUGUGUCUUUGAAAACAGUACUAAAGCAAUAAUAAGCAUUAGCUAUGUUUUUUUUAAGCUUUUAUGACUUCUAAGGCAGAAUUAUCUGUGGAGGAAAACAAAGGUGCAAAUGACAGGUGUUGCUUAAGUAAGAAGGGCUGUGGAUGCCCUAAGCAGAGCCUGACUUUUCAGCCUCUUGUUGAACACCACGUACUUCUCAUCCUUUCUUAAUUCCAUCUUGCUCUGGUCCUGGGGUCCCUGUUUCCAAAUGCCAGUACCAGCCCCCUUCUGAUCAGGUAUCAUCAUUAAUGGGUAGUGUGGUAUGCGUCCAGUUUAAUAGAGGACUGAAGGAGAAAUUAGAACCCAAAUAAAGGAGUUUGGAGUACAGAGGUAUUUUAGACAUGGUGGCAGAUAAUAGAAGAAAUAUCUAAAUAUUUUAGAACCUGCCAAUGCUUUCAAGUCUUGCUCCCUACUAUACCUUCAUAAGAAUUGUGUCAUCUCUUUAUAAAUGAGGGUCCCUGUGACCCCUGAGUAUUCAUCCUCAUAGCCUCAGUUCCACAGAAGGAAAUUGCAAUAAUGUAAUUACAAUAAAAAUGACCCCCAGAAAGUGAUUAUUAAUUCUUCACAGGCACAGACAUUUUUCCUAGUACCACUCUUUUCCUAAACCAGGCACAGGUCCUAAAGAUUGAAUCAUUUUACUUGUAGAGGUCUCUAGUCAUUUCCUUGGAUUAUUGUAUUUUCCUGAAGAUAAUACUAUAUAAAUCCAAAAAAAAAAACAUGCUUUAGAGUCAGGGUAAAUGUAUACAUUGGGACACUUCAGAGUGAUGGGCUUCUGUUAAUAAUGAUGCCAGGAAAAUGUGUGAACUGUGACUGUCCUGAUCAAACUGCUCUAUGUAUCUACCUGUAUAUAGUUUUUUAACAAGAUUUCUUCCAAGAUUAUACAUCAAGGGUUUCUGCUCGUAUAACUUGGCUCAUGAGUACUUGCAGCCUUGUUUGUAUAUAUACAACAAUGACUUCUGUUAAGAAUAUGAAUUUAGGGGUGCCUCAGUGGCUCAGUUGGUUAA